AUGCCCGUUCAGUUGCAGCCCCCUUCCGCGGAUUCCCCGCCCUUUCCCGCCCUGCAGGCAGUGCCCUUCGUCCCGGCUGCGGGCUUCCGCAAGCCACGGCAGCGGAAGCCAUCUGUGAUCGCCCAUGCCCUCAGCGGCACGAUCGGCUCAGUGCUGGCUGAGGCGAUCCUGUUUCCGGUGGACACGAUCAAGCUGAAAGUGCAGACGGCCACGGCCAACGAUCCCCGCGGCUUUCUGGCCAUGCUCUUCGGGCUCCUGGGUGAGGCUGGUUUUCGGGGCCUCUAUCGCGGGAUUGGCGCGGCCUUGAUCAAGGAGUCCAUCCACAGCCUCAACUACUGGAUCUUCCAUGGAAGCCUCUUCCGGCUCUUCACGGAGUUCGAGGAUACCUCCGCUACAUCUCCGAUGAGGCGGCUCGUGCUCAACCUCGUGUCGAAGCAGCUGAAUUGGCUGUGCACCGUGCCCUUCGAGGUCAUCUCAAGCGUGAACCAAAUGUCCGCGAGCGCCCCAGGGUUCGCUGCAACCGCCGCCGCCCUGUACCAGGAGGGUGGUUUGGGGGCCUUCUACCGCGGGCUCACUGUCUCACUCAUCCUCGCGAUCAACCCGGCCAUCAUGAACACGCUGAUCACCUCGAUGCUGCGUCUGCGGGCUUUGCUACUCCAGUAUUUGGGUGCCGACUACGCAGAGGCGCGCGAGCACAGCGCCGCUGCGCUGGGAGCGGUCACGGCCAUGUCGAAGAUGGUCGCAACGGUCCUUACCUACCCGCUCAUCCGCGCCAAGGUUCUGCAGCAGACGGCCGCGUCGGUCUACUCGGGACAGGCCUUCCCUUCAGUGAUGAGGCAGGUCCUGGUCACUGAAGGCAUAGGCGGUCUUUAUCGCGGCAUGCUGGCGAUGAGCUACAAGACCGUGCUCUGGAACUCCCUGAUGAUGGCUUUCAAGCAUCUUCUGGGUCCGAAGCGGGCGAUGACGCCUCCGGAGCACCCUCUCGAAAGUCAGUUUAGGGGGGGGUUCACGAAAAUGGGGUUUAGGGUUUAG